AUGCUCAAACUGAAAACGAGAACAUCACAUAGGCCAAAUAAAUUCGUACCCGAGGAAGAUGAAAGAUUAAAAGCAAUAAUUGCACAGUAUGGACCUCAUAAUUGGGUCACGAUUGCAUCAAUGAUGCCAGGCCGUAAUGUUAGACAGUGUAUUGAAAGAUGGAAGCAUUAUAAUGCAGCAAAAAAUCCAGGAAGAGAAUGGACCGAGGAAGAAGAUCGAAUUCUUCUUGAAAAAUUUAAAAUUUUUGGAAGGAAAUGGAUUAAAAUUGUACCAUUUCUUACAGAUAGAAAUGUUGCUUCUAUUAGAAACAGAUUCUAUCAACUCUGUCCCAAAGAAAAAGUCAAAAAAGUUGAACAGGUUUCAAUUAAGCCAGACAAACCAGAAAUUGAUGCAAUAGACAAAAUUUUCUCGUCUAUGGGCUCAGAUAAAAAUGAAUCUAAACUUGAACUUUCAUGGACACAAAGUUCAGAUAUUUUCCAAUUAAUGUAA